UUACCAAACACUGCAAUGGCAAAGAAAGAAAAAAGGAUGAUAAUUUUACAAUUCCUUUUUAUCUUUUCACCAUAGCCCAUUGCAUCGGCGCUAGAAGCCCGGUAACCUCAUCUCGCAAAUUUCCUUCAGGGGCCCUGUUCCCGUUGUAACGCUUAAGGCGGUGAAGAGGGCGCAUCGUCCGUAAUCGCUCGACAGCUCCAGCAUUUUCUAUUUUAUUCUUAUUUCUGGAUUAGUGUCCCGGCUGUCUCUUCCGAAUUUCCUUCAACUAAGUGCUUCCUUAGGAUCUGCCUUGCUGAAUAUCAGAGAAUCAUCUACAAAAAACAAUAGCUAAUGGCAUCUGAAAAAAGCCAGCCUGAAGAGCAGCUUGUAUCUACAGCUGUUGACUCACAUACAUCUUCAUGUAGAAAGCACAGGGCUGAAAAUGCCACCUUCUUUGAAGACGUGAAGGAUCACAUUCAUGACUUCAUCCAUGCUUCACUCGAUGACCACAAAGCAUGUUUUAAGAAAGGCAUCCAGAAGAUGUUUGGGAUGUCAAAAGUUGGAGCAGAAAGGAGUUCAGAAGUAAAGGAGGUUGAAAGUUUUCUCCAUCUAAGCACUUCAGUGUCUAAAUGAAAUAGAUGUCAGUAGUGUCACUCAACUUGGAUGUUUUCCAGUGUCAGUGGUGUCAUUUGCUGUAACUCAAAACUGGCAGUUUGUCAUUGCAGUACAGUUGUAGGAUUUCAGGGAGUUGCAGAGAAUAACAGAUGUAAGAAAAUAAAGAUGAAUGAAGUUAUUGGAAUAUACUACUGCUGCACUGCAGCCAUCGCCAAGAUUCAGAUUUUGCCAAAUUUAGUGCAAGCUUUGGAAGACAUUACACUGCUGACUAGUUCCAAGCUUCAACAAGAUAUGAAGUUAAAACUCGAUCAGUGCGCAUCUAUCUAUCUAUAGGCUGGUUCUGAAAGGCCAGCAAUUUGAACAAAUAGAACCCCAGGAACGUGAGUUGCAUUCAAGCAUUAGAAAUCUUGAUCAGAGUGGUGAAACGUUAGUAGAUCCAGACACCCGUUCUCCCUGUGGUGGAAGAUGUAUAGUACUAGUAUAGCAUAUAGACUAUAUAUAUAUAUAGGAGAGGAUAGAGGAAAUCAACCAGUAAAAGACUACAACAGGACUCUCUUCUACUAUAGAACUGGUAAAAAAACAAAUACAUAACCAACAGACUUUUACAUAAGCACAAACAAUGGAAAUGGAGACUCGGUACUACACUACCAUUCAAUUUCAAGCCCCUAUUAAACACCAUACCAUACCCAUCUACAAGU